GAGAAACGCAAUUGAGUCUCUAGUCAUUAUAUUCUUUCAAAAAAUGAGUAAAAUUCAUAUUAGACACAAUAUCAUUCCAUUCCUCUUUACGACCGACAUUAAUAGAUUUUAAUAAUGCAUCUGAUUUCUGUUCUGUUGAGUAUCGUUGAUAUUCCUCAUACAAACUUUCUGUUUCCCUUGACUAACCAGGGAUAUAAUUUUUUUCGAAAGCCUCUAGGAACAAAUUUUUUUCGCAGCAGCUUUAAUAACACACAUAAAUCUAAAGUAAUUUUUAUAAGAAGGACGAAACCAUCUUAUAUCAGUAUCAACUUUUUCCUUAAAUUCAUCCCAGCGAGCUUUCUGGAAGUUCCACCUUGGCUUAGGUAAGGAUGCAUAUGUGUGAAGAAUAUUACCUUAACAGAGUAAAAUUGGUGUAUGUUGGCUGUGUGGGAAAUUAUUUAAAGCUUUACGGUUUACAGAAAGCGGUCUGGAAUUUACAUCAGAGGAAACUAUACAUAAAUCUGGAUUAUAUCCUCUGUUCCAUCUGGCCGAAUGAAAAGUAGGCCUAUCUUUUGCAUCGAAAAUUAGAUGAAGGUCGUUAUUUUCAAUCCACUCAGUUAGAGCUGUCCCAUUGUAAUCAUUAACUGCAUAAUGUGAUGACAAUUAAAAUCUCCACAAUAAAUUGAAGGAUGAGGAAAAAUAACAUCGAAAUUUCGGGGCGAAAGAGUAUUGAGGGGUUUGUAAAUAUUGAUUAUAGAAAUGUUAUUAAUUUUGAAGGCAAUGAAAAAAACUCCGUCAAUAUCACAUUUUCGAAUUAAAUUAAUAUUACCAAUUAAAAAUUCUCAACGUAACAAGUCAGACCAUAAAUGGGACUCAAAAGAUAAUCAAUUAAUACAUAACCUGCUAAAAGGCCUAUUUCUUGGAGUUGUUCUUGGUUCGCACAUAGAUAAUACGAGAAUAGUAUGUCAAUGUUCAACUACAGUCUUCAAUUCGAAUUUUCAGCGUUGUCCUUUGUAUGUUUAUUAUAUUUAUUUUGAAUUUGCAAAAAUAAAGUGGUUUAUACAUACAGUGAUCAGUGGUAAUUCGUUAUUGAAACUAUUCAUCAUUCAUUUAAUUCCAUUGUUAUUUUGAUUAGUAACGAUUUGUGUUAUUCUCCAGUGUUAUUUACAAUGCCACGUGCCAGAAGAUCUAUAUACCGUCUGUUCCGAUAUUCCUGAUAGUACUGGCUAGUGCAUUGCAAUAUCGGAGCACUUGACACUCUUGACAGUGACAGUUACUGAUGAUUUUCGGAACGAAUAAGUUACUGGUCAGCAACGGCUGUUCUCCGAGAACAGUUCAUUUGGUGCAUUUAGUUUGUCUAUACUUUGGUGUAACCAAAAAAAUGAUUCUCUGUAAUCUUUGGGUGUAACAUAACCUAUCAAAGGGGAAGUUGUUGUUGUUUGUCACAUAUUACAGAGUAGUGUUGUUUGUUGCCGAAAUUUUCUUGGUUUGCUGAAUGCUCUAACGAUGGCUGAGAAUACGAUUAUAGAAGAAAUUUUGACCGACAGUGAUUCUGAUUCAGAAAAUACAGAUAGCUCAAGUUCCACGAGCUCUAGUGUAUCACUGCAGGAUGAGAUGAAUUUAAAUAUAAUUUUAGAGCACAAGGUUCGUGGUCCCAUUGACAAAAUACCCAGAAUAGAGGGCUACAUUAAAAAUGUAAUUGGACAUUAUACACCGGAGAUUUUUAAACAACAUUUCAGAGACAUAUCAGUAUUUGGUAGAUUGUUUGAGGGAGACAGUAAGACAUCCAGAUGGUCCAGGAAGAUAUCAAACUCCCUUAGAACAUCAGGUACUAUUUGCCCUGUGGUUUUUUGCUACACCAGACUGCUAUAGGUCUGUAUGUGAAAAAUUUAAUAUGGGUAAAGCUACUGGUUUCCGCAUAAUAAGAAGGGUAGUGAAGGGUUUAUGCGAACUGGCUCCAAAUUUUAUAAAUUGGCCUACCAACAGGAAUGAUGCAGCAAUUAUUUGGAAUGGAUUCAGGGAAAAAGGACCUAUUCCAAAAGUUGUUGGAACAAUAGAUGGUUGCCAUAUUAAUAUUACCAAGCCAUCUGAAGAUGGAAAUUCCUUCAUUAAUAGGCAUCACAAUUUCUCAAUUCAAUUACAGGCAGUUUGUGAUCAUGAGUGCAAGUUUACUCAUGUAUAUAUUGGAAACUGUGGCUCUGUCCACGACCAGAGAGUUUUGAGAUUGUCAGGGAUAUCUGAAUACUUCAAUAAUCCAAAAACAUACUUCCCAGAAGGUUGCCAUUUGGUUGGUGAUAGUGCUUAUACCCUCCAUAAGUACUUGAUGGUACCUUACAGAAAUAAUGGGCAUUUAACUGAACAGCAAAUUCAUUUCAAGAGGAGCUUAUCAUCAGCCCGUGUUACUAUAGAAAGGGCGUGUGGUUCGCUGAAGAACAGAUUCAGGAGAAUUUUAAAUUGCUGUCCUUUAAAAGAAACGCAGUUUAUCCCACAAUAUAUAUUGGCCUGUUGUGUCUUACACAACAUUUGUUUAAUGAACAACGAUUUGAUUGAAGUAGAGUCCAUUAACAAAGGCAAUGUUUCUACUGAUACCCUAAAUAGAAGAUCCAAUGAGUAUUUGUUAGCAGGUGGUCAAGAUAAGAGGAAUAGAAUCACUAUAGAUAUUUGGCCAGGAGAAGCGUGAAAGUGUUUAUUAGGAUUUUGAAUAUGAACACGUUAUUUUGAUUAAUGAAAAAAUAAAUGAGU